AUGGAAACAGUGGGUAACAUACUAAUACCCCAGGGUGGUACCGGCAAUGCCGGAGAAUCCACCCCUAGGCCUAGCCUAGGCAGCCCCAUCGUAUCUGGGGGGGGCAACACACUGUUUUGCGGCGAUACAUCUACAUCGUCCGCGGGUCGCCUAACAUCCAGGGACCAACAAUGUAAGGAGGGAGCUGUGCUGGGAGAACCCAAUAACUCGGCACGAUACUCAAGGGGAAGACGGGGUAGGCGGGGACGCUUAGCUCAUUCUAGAGAACCAAAAGAAGCUGAGUCUGAUUGUUCCCAGGUGUCACUCGUAUCCAUUGCUUCCGAGGACACGCGAAAAAGAAAGGCAAAGGCUCCGAGUAUUAAAUCGGUGGCCGCUAAAUACAAGGCGGUAGCAGCCUCUGCCUCGGCAACCCCUACUGAAGUGGAGGAUAUGGCUACUGAGGUCGACACGGAAGAGGACUUUGCCGACCUCUCAGUGGUAUCAUCGAAGUCCAGGGCAAAAACAACUUUGCCUAGUACAGAUCAGUUGGCUUUAGACCUGCGGUCUCAGGCUGACAGCAUAAUUGAAGACCACAUUGACCGCCAGCUUCAGGCCAUCGAGGAGGUAGCGAAUCGAUCCCGCAAUUUAAAGGGAAGCUUCGUUCAGAGCUUAAGGCUAGCUGUGCGGAAUGUAAAAGCCGCGGCUGACGAGCUUGCCAGAAGGGCCACUCCUGACGAAAAUAUCGCUAGACUAGAGAGAGAAAAUGCUGAGCUUCGUUCAACACUCUCUAGCCUUAGCAACAGAGCGGAUAAGCUGACGGAGGAAAUUAACUACCUGCGUAAACAAACUCACGAACGAGUCAGUCUCAAUAACUCAUCUGCUCGGUCAAAUAUAGAUGCUCCAACGCCCAGUAGUGGAGAGGAGGCACUAAUGGAACGAAUUGGAGCGCCUAUCGAGACUAAACUGGCCGCUUUCGAAGCUCGGUUGUUACCUAGCAAGGCGCUCCGCCCACCACUGGGAAUGAAGUCCACGACGGUUGCAUCUAAGCAACUAACAACGCCAAUGCAGUCGCUUUCAGCAAUAGCACCGUCGCAAAAGAAGAGAAAUAAAAAGAAGACGAAGAAGCGGCAGAAGCCCACAUAUCCACCAGUGGCAGAUUUACCUCCUGUAGCGAAGCCUGUUCUGCAAACUUCUCUAUCUGCAGUGACAAACUCUUGGGCAGAUGUGGCUAAAAGACGAAAAGUACACCAGACGACACAAAAAUCGCAGCUGUGCUAUGUGUCCAACGAACGGCCCAAAAACAUGAAACGGAAACCCGUCCGCGCCCCAACAUCUGCGGCUGUAACAAUAACGUUACGAGAAGAUGGUCGCUACGUG